AUGCUAGUGCUCAUUUCUGUUCUUGGACAGAGUGUAUCCAAAAGUGGAUGCAUGGGUAGAAAAUGUUAUAAUGGAGGAGGGAAAUGCAGCAAUUUAACUCUAUUUAUCUGCCUACUAACAGUCCUUUACCUUAGAGAGAGGCAACGCAGGCGCGCAGUUGCUGCAGCUGGAGAGGUGGCCCUGCUACAGCCUGACCAUGUUGCACCCUUGCGGAACUAA